CUCCUCAAGACCAGGCAGGGGGGAGAGAAAGACUGGAGGCACCGAUUGGUACUUUGCCAGUGGUUCACUCACUCAACUGCGUUAUCAGGUUCACAAAUGUUGCUUAAUUUGGAAGUCCCGGAAGUUUAGGGUUAUCUGCGCGAUUGACUGACAGGGAGGCUGGGUGAAGCGGCAGACGUAGGAACGAAUCAACCCGGGACAUUACAAAAGCGAAAUAAAACACUACGCCAGGAUUUGAUAGGGACCUAAAGAAGAACCCCGACCAUCCGCUCAAGAACAAAUCGGCCCGCGGCUGAAUAUAGUUGAUGAUCCCUGACCUAUGGACCAUCGCCAUGGAAACGCUAGUGCAGCGGCUGGAGCAGGCCGUGAUUCGUGUGGAGCAGGUGUCCGUCAACAUGCAGGUGUCCAAUGGCAUGGCCAACGGGGAAUGUAACGGGAUCAACGGAGGUCUGUCCCAGUGUAUGGAGGCCUUUGACCUGCUGCUGAUUGGGCCGUUGUCAGAGUACCUGAAAAAUAGCCGUGCCAUAGGAGAGGAUGUGGAGAAGCAUGCGGAGAUGGUGAACAACGCUCUGCAGCUUCAGAGAAGCUUCCUCAAAAUGGCCACCACACACCAGGAGCCUGCUCCGAUGGAGCUGGCUGACCUGCUAAAGCCUAUCUCAGAGAAGAUCCAGGAGAUUCAGAACUUCCGGGAGCGUAACCGUGGCAGCAGCCAAUUCAACCACCUAUCAGCUGUCAGCGAGAGCAUCCCAGCGCUGGGCUGGGUUGCUGUGAGCCAGAAGCCAGUUCCCUAUGUGAAGGAGAUGAAUGAUGCUGCCAUUUUCUACACUAACAGAGUUCUGAAAGACUAUAAAGACUCAGACAAGCGUCAUGUGGAGUGGGUGAGAUCCUACCUGUCCAUCUGGACUGAGCUCCAGGCUUUCAUUAAACAGCAUCACACAACAGGCCUGGUCUGGAGCAAGACUGGUCCCAUUGCGCCUCCCUCUCUGUUCACCCCUGCCCCUGGUUGUCCCUGUCCCCCUCCACCACCUCCACCCCCUGGACCCCCACCAGUCUUCACAGGCGAACCGCCCCAGGCCGACAGCACCACGGCCCAGCAUUCAGCUCUCUUCGCCCAGCUGAAUCAAGGAGAAGCCAUCACUAAAGCAUUAAAGCACAUCUCAAAGGACCAGAUGACCCAUAAGAACCCCUCCCUUCGCACCCAGGGAGGAGAGCAUCAUGCCUCCCCACCAAAGAGCCGAAACCCCGGAGGCUCCUCCAACAGAGCGCCUCCCCAGAAACGACCCCCUCUGCUGGAGCUGGAGGGGAAGAAAUGGAGGGUGGAGUACUUUGACCAGGCUCAUGACCUGGUUAUCGAGGAGCCAGAGCUGAGACAGGUGGCCUAUGUCUUCGGCUGCAGCAACUCUACUUUACAGAUAAAGGGAAAGAUCAACUCCAUCAUUGUGGAUAACUGUAAGAAGCUUGGUCUGGUGUUUGACAACGUUGUUGGCAUUGUGGAAGUCAUCAACUCUAAAGACAUUAAGUUGCAGGUGAUGGGUAGAGUUCCCACCAUGUCUAUCAACAAGACAGAGGGCUGCCAAGUCUACCUGAGUAAGGACGCUCUGGACUGUGAGAUUAUCAGCGCCAAGAGCUCUGAGAUGAACAUCCUGGUACCGCAGGACGAUGACUAUAGGGAGUUCCCAGUUCCUGAGCAGUUCAAGACGGUUUGGGACGGAUCCAAACUGGUGACAGAACCCACAGAGAUCGCUGGCUGACCGCUGAUAUUUCAUCGUCCUCAUCUCUCUCACACCCCCACUUAUUCCUCUUCCUCUCCUCCCUUUUCCCUCUGCGUCAAAGAUUUCACAAACCCAUAUAGGCUGGCUAUUACAAGUAAUAAAAGGACAAACCAGACACUGUAACUGCCUAGCUAGUAGUACUGUAGGUUGAUUGUAAGCCUGGUUGUAUCCAUUAA